CGGGGCGAGCUGGGGGCGGGUCCUGCGGCACCGCCCGGGAAGCUGCGCGAAGCUCGGCGCUGCCGCCACAUCCUCCGGAGCUCUGGGUCCAGGCGAGCCGAGUCGAGCCGGGCCAGGACCAAGCGGAGCGCUCCGACGGCACGAGCGAGCGGAACGCUGAGCCAUGGCGCACCAGACCGGCAUCCAUGCCACUGAAGAGCUAAAGGAAUUCUUUGCCAAGGCCCGGGCUGGCUCCAUCCGACUCAUCAAAGUUGUCAUUGAGGACGGCAGCCACACGAGCCACAGUGAAGAAGGAAUUUGGAGGUGGCCACAUCAAGGAUGAGCUCUUCGGGACAGUAAAGGACGACCUCUCCUUGGCUGGGUACCAGAAACAUCUCUCAUCCUGUGCCGCACCUGCCCCCCUGACUUCGGCUGAGAGAGAGCUUCAGCAGAUCCGAAUCAACGAGGUGAAGACUGAGAUCAGUGUGGAAAGCAAGCACCAGACCCUUCAGGGCCUGGCCUUCCCCCUGCAGCCCGAGGCCCAGCGGGCCCUCCAGCAACUCAAGCAGAAGACAGUCAACUAUAUCCAGAUGAAGCUGGACCUGGAACGGGAGACCAUCGAGCUGGUCCACACAGAGCCCACAAGUGUGGCCCAGCUGCCCUCACGGGUCCCCCGAGAUGCCGCCCGCUACCACUUCUUCCUGUAUAAGCAUACCCAUGAGGGUGACUCCCUUGAAUCUGUGGUGUUCAUCUACUCCAUGCCGGGGUACAAGUGCAGCAUUAAGGAGCGCAUGCUCUACUCCAGCUGCAAGAGCCGCCUCCUCGACUCCGUAGAGCAAGACUUCCAGCUGGAGAUAGCUAAGAAGGUUCUCUGUGGCGGGACUCUGCACCCCUUGUCUCUCCUAGUGCAAGCUGCAGUUCUGGCCGGGGCUCUGGCCCUGGGCACCCCGCCUGUCUUCCUGCCCUGUGAGCUGAAGUCCCGCGGCCAGGUAGACUGCAACUGGCUGUUCCUGAAAUCUGUGCCUCACUUUUCUGCAGCAGCGCCCCGUUCCAACGUCACCAGCCUUUCCUUGGUCUCCAACCGUAUCCACCACCUGCAUGACGCCGACUUUGUCUACUUUCCCAAUCUCAGGCAACUCAACCUCAAAUGGAACUGCCCGCCCCGCGGCCUCAGCCCUAUGCAUUUCCCCUGCCACAUGACCAUUGGGCACAACACCUUCCGCGCCAUGCGCGCCCUGGAAGACCUGAACCUGAGUUACAAUGGCAUCACCGCUGUACCCCCGCUGCCCAGCUCCCUAACGAACCUGAGCCUGAGCCACACCAACAUCCUGGUACUAGAUUCUGACAGCUUUGCUGGCCUGUACAACCUGCGCUUUCUCUUCAUGGAUGGGAACUGCUACUAUAAGAACCCUUGUGGUGGUAGGAUGGUGAAUGUGACCCCAGGGGCACUCCUGGGCCUGAGCAGGCUCACCCAUUUGUCACUCAAGUAUAACAACCUCACGAAGGUGCCCCGCCAACUGCCCCCCAGCCUGGAGUACCUACUGGUGUCCUAUAACCACAUUGACAAGCUGGCGCCUGAAGACCUCGCCAAUCUGACUUCCCUUCGGGUACUUGACGUGGGUGGGAACUGUCGCCGCUGCGACCAUGCCUUUAACCCCUGUGUAGAAUGCAGACCAGAGUCCCUCCAGCUGCACCCUGAGACCUUCCAUCACCUGAGCCACCUUGAAGGCCUGGUGCUGAAGGACAAUUCUCUCCACACGCUGAACUCCUCCUGGUUCCAAGGGCUAGUCAACCUUUCAGUGCUAGACCUAAGCGAGAACUUUCUCUAUGAGUGUAUUACCAACACCACGGCCUUUCAGAACCUGACAAGGCUGCGCAAGCUCGACCUGUCUUUCAAUUACUGCAAGAAAGUGUCAUUUGCCAAGCUCCACCUGGCAAGGUCCUUCGGGAGCCUGGUGUCACUGCAAGAGCUGAACCUGAAUGGCAUCUUCUUCCGCCUGCUCAACAAGACCACACUCAGGUGGCUGACCCACCUGCGCCACCUCCAUACUCUGCAUCUCCAGAUGAACUUCAUCAACCAGGUCCAGCUCAGCAUCUUUGGUACCUUCCCAAACCUUCACUUUGUGGACCUGUCAGAUAACCGCAUCAGUGGCUCUUUGAAAACGUCAGCAACCACCCUCAAAGGGGCAGACGGUGGGGAGCAAGAGAAUUUGUGGUCUGGGGUUCUCACCCCAGCCCUACUGAGCACCCCUAAGAACUUCAUGGUCAGGUGCAGGAACCUCAACUUUACUUUGGAUCUGUCUCGGAACAACCUGGUGGCAAUCCAGCCAGAGAUGUUUGCCAACCUCUCUCACCUCCAGUGCCUAAGCCUGAGCCACAACUGCAUUGCACAGGCUGUCAACGGCUCUCAGUUCCUGCCACUAACCAAUCUAAAGGUGCUCGACCUGUCCCAUAACAAGCUGGACUUGUACCAUGGGCGCUCGUUCACUGAACUCCCACAAUUGCAGGCCCUGGACUUGAGCUACAACAACCAACCCUUCAGCAUGCAGGGUAUUGGCCACAACUUUAGUUUUGUGACCCGUCUGCCCAAACUGCAAUACCUCAGCCUGGCACACAAUGACAUUCACAGCCGUGUGUCCUUACGACUUCACAGCACGUCACUGAAGAUCCUGGACUUCAGUGGCAAUGUUUUGGGCCUCAUGUGGGAUGUGGGGGACCUUUACUCAGAAUUCUUCCAAGGUCUCAGACACCUGCAGCAGCUGGACCUGUCUCAGAAUCACCUGCAUACCCUCCUGCCCAAGAACCUCAACAACCUUCCCAAGAGCCUGAGGAAUCUGAUUCUCAGGGACAAUUACCUGUCUUUCUUUAACUGGAGCAGUCUGGCCUUCCUGCCCAAGCUGGAAGUCCUGAACCUGGCAGGAAACCAACUAAAGGCCCUGGCCAACGGCACCCUGCCUAACGGCACCCAACUCCGAAAGCUGGAUGUCAGUAGCAAUAGUAUUGUCUCUGUGGUUCCAGCCUUCUUUGCUCUGGCAUUGGAGCUCAAGGAGGUCAACCUCAGCGACAACCUCCUCAAGACAGUGGAUCGCUCCUGGUUUGGGCCCAUAGUGGUGAACCUGACGAUGCUAGACGUGAGAAGCAACCCCCUGCACUGUGCCUGCGGGGCGGCCUUCGUGGACCUCCUGCUGGAGGUGCAGACCAAGGUGCCUGGCCUGCCCAACCAGGUAAGGUGUGGCAGUCCCGGCCAGUUGCAGGGCCGAAGUAUCUUCACGCAGGACCUGAGACUGUGCCUGGAUGAGGUCCUCUCCUGGGAUUGUUUUGGUCUUUCACUGUUGAUUGUGGCUGUGGGCAUAGCAGUGCCAUUACUACAACAUCUCUGCGGCUGGGACGUCUGGUACUGCUUCCAUCUGUGCCUGGCAUGGCUACCUUUGCUGGCCUGGGGCCGGCGCGGCGCCCAAGCCCUUCCCUACGAUGCCUUCAUAGUGUUCGAUAAGGCGCAGAGCGCGGUUGCCGACUGGGUGUAUAACGAGCUGCGGGUGCGGUUGGAGGAGCGGCGGGGGGGGCGCGGCCCGCGGCUGUGCCUGGAGGACCGAGAUUGGACGCUGUUUGUGCUGGCCCAAACGGACCGGGUCAGUGGCCUCUUGCGCACCAGCUUCCUGCUGGCUCAACAGCGCCUGCUGGAGGACCGCAAGGACGUGGUGGUGUUGGUGAUCCUGCGCCCCGAUGCCCACCGCUCCCGCUACGUGCGCCUACGCCAGCGCCUCUGCAGACAGAGCGUGCUCUUCUGGCCCCAGCAGCCCAGCGGUCAAGGCAGCUUCUGGGCCCAGCUGAGCACAGCCCUGACUAGGGACAACCGCCACUUCUAUAACCGGAACUUCUGCCGGGGACCCACAGCAGAAUAG